AGGCGGGGCGCGCUCAAAAAACUUGAAACCGGUGGAUUAAAGGGCCGCAUCGCCGCAGACAAAUGGCGACCUCAAAAAUCACGCUAGCAGCCCUUGGCGGUGCCGCUGCGGCAAUCACGCUCCAAAGGCUACGCCGCAAAUGGCUCGCGCUGCCGUACGCCUGGCGCCGGAGCGCGACGAGAACUGAACUGAUGCGCUGGAUCCUCUUUGAUGCAGCUCCCGAGUGGGCGACGACGGAACGAAUGCUUGCGCUGCGCCGAGCCGUCGCCUGUCCCGCGCAGUCCGUGUCCUACGCGAACGCCGACCCGCUGCUGAUCGUCGGCGGCCAGGGCGCGCGGCUCGUGGACGUGCGGGGCCGCCGCUUCCUCGACACGCGCAACAACGUGGCGCACGUCGGCCACGCGCACCCGCGCGUCGCCAGUGCCGUCGCCGCGGCGAUGACGGCGCCCUGCACGAAUACGCGCUAUUUGCACCCGAAUCACGCCGCGCUGUGCAAGAGACUACUCGAGACGAUGCCCGCGCCCCUCGACCGGGGCCACGUCUUCCUCGUGAACUCAGGGUCCGAGGCAAACGACCUGGCCUUGCGCCUUUGCCGCGCGUGGUGUAGGCGUCGUGGUGUAGGCGACUGCGGCGUCGUCGUGCUCACGCACGCCUACCACGGCCACACGGCGGCUUGCAUCGGCCUGUCACCCUACAAGCACGGCCAUCGCACCUUCAACGGCCGCGGCCGGCCGCCCUGGGUUGAGGUCGCCGACGCGCCCGACGCCUACCGGGGCGGCGGCCGCGCCGACGCCGUCGAGGCGGCCUGCGCGCGGCUCGAGGCGCGGGGGAUCCGGGUCGGCGCGCUCUUCGUCGAGAGCGGCGCGUCCGUCGCCGGCGUGCGGCUCCCGCCCGAGGGCUUCCUGGCCGCCGCCUUCGAGGCCGUGCGGCGCCGGGGCGGCGUCGUCGUCGCAGACGAGGUCCAGACGGGCCUCGGGCGGCUCGGGAGCAGCUGGUACGCCUUCGAGGCGCACGGUGUCGCGCCGGACGUGGUGACGGUGGGCAAGCCGUUCGGCAACGGCCUGCCCCUCGCGGCGGCGGUCGUCGCGCGCGCGGUCUCGGACGCCUUCGCGGCGGGGCCCGAGUACUUCAAUACUUUUGGAGGCAACCCCGCGUGCUGCGCCGCGGGCCUCGCUGUGCUGGAAGCCAUCGAGGCGGACGGCCUCCGCGCGAACGCGACGCGCGUCGGCGCGGAACUUAGGAAGGGCUUCGAGCGGCUCAUGGGCCUGGGCGGCGCGCGGUGCGUCGUCGGCGACGUGCGCGGGCGCGGGCUGUUCCUCGGCGUCGAUCUUGUCAGGGACGCGGCCUCGAAGGCGCCGGCGACGGCCGAGGCCUCCUGGAUCUGCGCGCGGCUCGUGACGCGGCACCGCAUUUUGACGUCGCUCGACGGCCCGGGCGACAACGUGCUCGUCGUGAAGCCGCCCCUCUGCUUCUCGCUGGGCGACGCGGCGGAGUUCCUCGCCGCGCUCGAGGAGGGGCUCGUCGCGGCGAACGCGCUGCCGGAGGGAUUUUCGUUCGAACGGACGCCGACCUAG